GACAAUCGACAUUCGCCAUCGCGCUCGCACUAGUGGCACGUAAAAAUAACCUCAAAAUAUAUCGUGAAUACUUAUCAUUAUAAUUGUGUGAUAAAUUAUAUACACAACAGUGACAUUUGUUGUAUAGACGAGUAUUAUUAUUGAAAACGCAAUAUUGCUUACAGUUUUUGGAUUUAUUUGUGUGAUUCUUGUGUGCUGUCAAAAACGAAAGUUUAUCUAAGAACGAAUAAUGUUCUUUUUGGUGGGCUGUCGACGGGCAGCCCCCAAAUAUUGUUCCAAUAUGUGGUGGUGUAUAUUUAUUUGUGUCAUGUACAUUAAUGUUUUUGGAGUAUCAGGCUCAAAUACAACUGGAGCUGUAACAACGAAUGUGUGUUCGCUGAAACAGUUUCAGUGUAAGAACGGGAAGUGCAUACCGAUGUCGUGGAUCUGCGAGGGAGAAGACGACUGUGGCGACAAUUCCGAUGAAAUCAUUGAAGAAUGCAAAAAAGAAAGCCGUACGUGCACAGCGUCAGAGUUCAGAUGCAAGACAGGGCGCUGUAUACCGAUGUCAUGGCGGUGUGACAACGAAAAGGACUGUUCUGAUGGCUCUGAUGAAGAACCAGGAACCUGCAAAGUGGAGGUAUGCGGUCCCGAAGAAUUCACUUGCAGAGGUGGCCAAGGAGAAUGCGUUCCACUCACGUGGAUGUGCGAUGACAACCUCGACUGUACCGAUGGUUCAGAUGAGAAAGCAUGCAAUGAGACUUGUCGCUCGGAUGAAUUCACUUGCGGCAAUGGCAAAUGCAUACAACAACGAUGGGUGUGCGACGGUGACGACGACUGCGGCGAUGGUACGGACGAGGUGAAGUGCCCUGCGCCCACCUGCCAACCCAUCAGCCACUUCUCCUGUACUGACGGUCAUUGUAUCUCCGCAAGAUGGCGAUGCGAUGGAGACAUCGACUGCCCUGAUGGAAGCGACGAAAUGGGAUGUGCAACGACUCCCAAAGUGACGUCACCGUGCAUAGCCACCGAGUUCGAAUGUAGAGAUCGCAUGACUUGCGUCCACAAGGCGUGGGUGUGUGAUGGUGAUCGAGACUGUCCCGAUGGUGGUGAUGAAGCCCCAGAGAUAUGUAGAGGAAACAUCACGUGUAGACUUGACCAAUUCCAGUGUAAGGACCAUAGCUGCAUCCCUGGUGCCCUGUACUGCAACGGUGAUAAGGAUUGCCCAGAUGGCAGCGAUGAAAUUAACUGCACGAAACCAAAACCGGUUUGUGACAAGAAGACUGAGUUCGAUUGCGGGGAAGGCAUGUGUAUACCGCUGUCGAAGCUUUGCGACGGUAAACCAGACUGUCCAAACUUCGAAGACGAACCUAGAGACAGGUGCGGGGAAGACGAAUGCGCUAAGAAUAAUGGAGGCUGUACUCAGCGUUGUGUUAACACACCAGUAGGAUAUUACUGCGACUGUGACAAGGGAUACAAACUCGUGGACAAUCAGACUUGUGAAGACAUAGACGAGUGCAUGGACCCGGGCGCGUGUUCCCAGAUGUGUAUAAACGAGAAGGGUACCUUCAAGUGCGAGUGUCACGCAGGAUACGCAAGGGACCCUCGUGAUAGAACUCGCUGUAAGGCAACAGAGGGACACCCGUCACUACUGUUCGCUAGACGCUUUGAUAUAAGAAAGAUCAGCUUGGACCACCACGAAAUGGUCGCCAUAGUGAAUGACACGAAGUCCGCCACGGCACUAGAUUACGUGUUUCGGACGGGCAUGAUAUUCUGGAGUGACGUCACGGAUGAGAAGAUUUACAAAGCGCCCAUAGACGAAGGAAGCCAAAGAACAGUGGUAAUCGGCGACCAGUUAAUCACCUCAGAUGGUUUAGCAGUUGACUGGAUAUACAACCAUCUAUACUGGACGGACACGGGCAAAAACCACAUAGAAUUGUCCGACUUGCAAGGGAACAUGAGGAAGAUUCUCAUCAGAGAUCGCUUGGAGGAACCGAGGGCUAUUGCACUCAAUCCUCUCGAUGGUUGGAUGUACUGGACCGACUGGGGCCAAACCCCAAAGAUCGAGAGAGCUGGCAUGGACGGCUCGCACAGACAGACCAUAGUGUCGUAUGACGUCAAGUGGCCAAAUGGACUCACGCUCGACUUGGUUCGCAAACGAGUGUACUGGGUGGAUGCAAAGCUGAACACUAUUUCAUCAUGUAACUACGACGGAUCAGCGCGUAGAGUUAUCCUGUACUCGACGGAUGUGCUUCGUCAUCCAUUCUCUAUAACUACCUUCGAGGACUGGGUGUACUGGACCGACUGGGACAAGACAGCUGUGUACCGCGCUAACAAGUUCAACGGGAAGGACGUGGAAGCUAUCACUUCUACGCAUACGCUCCAAAACCCGAUGGUGAUCCACGUGUACCACCCGUACCGGCAGCCGGACGGUGUGAACCACUGCGCGGCGGUGAACGGGCACUGCUCGCACCUGUGCCUGCCGGCGCCCAGGAUCGGCGCGCACUCGCCGCGCGUGUCGUGCGCCUGCCCCACCGGGCUGCGGCUCAUGCCGGACAACCAGAUGUGCGUCGAGGACAGUGUGCCAGAGACACCUAAAACUGGUACAGGAAUCUCAACGAGCGGCCGAGACGCGGGCGUGGUCGCUGGCAUUGUAGUAGCUGUUAUCUCUGGAAUUAUUGUUAUUGCUGCUUUGAUUGCUGUUGUUAUGUACAGACAUUACGUACAUCGUAAUGUCACCUCAAUGAACUUCGACAACCCCGUAUACCGCAAAACAACGGAGAACCAGUUCGCAUUGGAGCAGAAUGGAUAUGCACCUGGAAGCAAGCUAUACCCCAGCACGGUGGGCGAAGAGGUGAGAGCACUUACUGCUAUGGAGUGUACACUAAAUAUACAGAAUAGCCUAAGAUAAGCAAACGCACCACCCUAAUGAGACAGAUUAUAUAAGCCAAGGUUUACGUCACUAUCACCCUAGUGUGAGAUACAGAUAACAAAUAUCACUGCUAUUGUACAAUGAAUUUACAAACCCCACAUUAUCAAACGGUCAAAUGAAAAUUUGUAAAUAAUAACUAAAUAUUAGAGUAAUUAUAAUAUAUUAAGGUCCAUUGAGACAUUUUAAAAUUGAUGUAUUUAGUGUUAUUUAUAAUUAAUUAAUCGAUUUAAGAAAUUUAUAGAAAUAUUUUCUCUAGUUGUAAGGAACGGGCGAGAAAUUGUGCCAACAUUUUUACCGCAUCAGUAUUAAAACAUAGUUGCCAAAGUUGAAUAUAUUAUAGUAGUAUAUUGUACAUAGCUAUGUUUUCGAUAGGCUAUUUUUUAUAUUUUGUCUUUUGCCUAAUCACGAGCUGUAGACACUAUUUACUGCCUAAAUAUUUUUUCAUGCAUUUCAUUCGAGGGCUAAUGGUAAGUUUGGUGUAAAUUUGAGUAGUUUUGAGUAGCUUGUAUCAUGUUAAUAGAACAGUAUAAACAUAAAAAUAAAAAACAUGUUCCAAUGAAAAUUACAAAUUAUUUGUUAUAAAUAAAACAAAUUAUAAUAUUUUAGACCUCCACUGUAUUUUAUAAAUAAAGUUCAAUAAUGUAUGUAAGAUAACGACGUCAUAUGUAAGAUUAGUUGAACAUAGUAAUAAUUAACAAAUUAUUUUUGUUCCCAGGCCCAAGAACCGCUCAACACCCCCGGCACAAAUGAGUUUGUAUAGUGUGAGAGCCGGCAGCAAAUACCUUAGCAUAUUGUUAGAUGCAAAAA